AUGCCAAAUAUAAAAGUGUUCUCCGGAUCUUCGCAUCGUGAUCUGUCUCAGCGAAUUUGUGAACGCCUUCAACUGGAAGUAUCGAAAGCGUCGUUGAAAAAGUUUAGCAAUAAGGAAACAAAUGUCGAAAUAGGCGAAUCGGUUCGAGGUGAGGAUGUGUACAUAAUUCAAUCAGGAGCUGGCGAGAUCAAUGAUAAUCUGAUGGAAUUACUCAUUAUGAUAAACGCAUGCAAAAUUGCGUCGUCGUGCCGUGUUGCAGCAGUUAUUCCAUGCUUCCCUUAUGCUCGUCAGGACAAGAAGGAUAAAUCUCGAGCUCCCAUAUCGGCUAAACUGGUUGCCAAUAUGCUCUCUGUUGCUGGAGCUGAUCACAUCAUCACCAUGGAUCUCCACGCUUCACAAAUACAGGGCUUUUUCGAUAUACCUGUGGACAAUUUGUAUGCUGAGCCGGCAAUCCUAAAGUACAUUAAAGAAUCAAUCCCUAACUGGCAAACCUCCGUUAUCGUGUCUCCAGACGCAGGAGGAGCGAAGAGAGUGACUUCGAUUGCUGACCGCCUUAAUGUUGACUUUGCUCUUAUUCACAAAGAACGGAAGCGUGCUAACGAAGUAGAGAAGAUGACGUUGGUUGGAAAUGUUGAGGGCAAGGUAGCUUUACUUGUUGAUGACAUGGCAGAUACAUGUGGCACAAUCUGUAUGGCAGCAGACAAACUCGUGGAGGCAGGCGCUGAUAAGGUGUACGCUUUCUGUGUUCAUGGAAUCUUCUCGGGACCUGCAUUACAGCGUCUUAAUAACUCGAAAUUCGAAGCAAUUGUGGUUACGAAUACCAUACCCCAAGACGAGAAUAUGAAGCAGUGCCCGAAAAUUCAGUGUAUUGACAUCUCGAUGAUUCUCGCGGAAGCGAUACGACGAACACAUAAUGGCGAGUCGGUGUCGUAUUUGUUCUCUCACGUUCCUAUUUGUUAG